CUGAAUACAGGUGGGAGAAAAAAACGAAACAUCAUGUGAGGCUUCCGAGAAGUGUGCUGGUUUCUAACGAUUUCCUAGAUGUUUUCAUUUCAGAAAACAGUUCGGUGUUGGUUGUUAGAGGCGUGCUAAUGGACUGAGGAUGCGGUGAAGAUCUGGUUAGCUUCAGAGCUAAAGCUAAUGAAGUUGGCGCAUGAAGGCAUAUACAGUGGUGUAGGAGAAGCGAAAUGACGGCGUUAGACGUGUAAAAUGCAGAGAGCGCGGAGUGAGGGAGGGAGGUUUUACUGUCUCAACUCUCAGCUGCUAUGGAUCAUGUUUACACACUGCUCAUGCUGAUUGUGCCAUGCUCAGUGUUGUGUGGACACGUCCCUGCACCGGUCAACCUCACUAUGGAUUCCCAGAACUUUGUCCACCUGCUCACGUGGAAGGCUGGACCAGGGUCUCCUGCAGGACUGCAAUACAGGGUCUUAUUCCGCUCCUAUAGUGUCGACUGGAAGAUGGUGGACAGUUGUGCAGCAGUGUGUUACCCAUUGCGCUGUAACCUAACAGAUGUUUUCACCAAUCUGGAAGAGGCCUACUACAUCAAGGUUACAGCUGUGUUAGGGAAAGAGAUGUCCGCACAUACUUUCUACAGUCCGUUUAAACCAGAGUUUGAUACUUGGCUAGAGCCUCCAUCACUGCGACUUUCACCGUGUAAUGACUCCCUGUGCGUGUACCUUCAGUCUCCAUCUGAGAGACUUGACACAGUUUAUAAGAAAUACAACUACGUGCUUAAUGUGACCAACGAAAAAGGAGUUCAGGUGUUCUUGAACACCAGGGGACUGGGCACUGUAGUUCUGAAAGUGGUGCCGGGGCUGCAGUACUGUGUGUCCGUGAACAUCACAGAUCGAAAGUAUACUUCAAAACCACCUGUGUGUGCUACUAAACCUGCAGCAGUGAACAGCAUGGAUCCAGUGAUCUCGGGGGUUUUGUCUUUGCUGGGGCUGGUGAUUGUGGUGACUGUUAUUGUGCAGGCUUUUAAAAGGUCCAUACUCUUGAAAACCCAUCAACCAUUAGUUCUGAGUUCCUUUAAUGCCCCAUAUAAAGUGCAGCUUCUUACUUGGCCCAGUGUGGAGUCUCUCCACAAAAAGUGUAUUUUGCUGGAGCACAACACAAAUGAAGAUGUUCAGGUCAAUGAAGAGGUGGACCAAGAGAAAGCGGAUGAAGAGGUGGCUUAUGAGGGACGAAGGGGUUGUGAACAAAUUGAUUGUUGUGAAGAAAUCUCAGAAGAAACAAAGUCUUCAAUUCCAGGUUCCCCAGAGAUCCCAUAUGAACAUACCCAUAAUUCGGUCACUGAAACAUACCCACAUGUCCCCGGAACCUUUUUGAAAGAGCACACGUUAACACCAGACAUGAUCAGAUUUAACCGGGAGGCAACAACUCCCCAAACUACAGGUCAAAUCCGCACAACACACUUCUUACCUCUAAAAACUCCAAUCCAAAAGAUCAAAAAGAAUGAUUUGGCCUUGCUCAGGCAUAAGAGAGGAGAUGAAAUCGGACAGGAGGAGGAGGGCAGUGACAAUGUGAAUUUCUUCUCCUUGACCCUGGGUGGCCAAAAUUCAGAACAAGAAGAAGAGACAGAAGAGAAUAUGGAAAAUGUGAAACAAGUGAAACCUGAGGUACCUUUAUUUGUGUUCGGGCCACCAAAACCUGCCAUGAACGUUCAGCCCACAUAUUCUGAGAGCACAAACAAAUGCAUUUCAUACUCUGAGGAGGAAGACCAGGAAGAUACGGAGGAAGAGGAAGCUUUCUGUGGAUAUAUGAUGCGGCGUUAAAUGCCAUGUUUUCUCUAAAACAGAAUUUUCUCCAUCUGUUAUGCAAACGAGCUAAUGAGCAGUCUUGUGCCUAACAAUCUUAUUAUUCAUAUAAGAAAAGCUAUCUCUUUGCGGUUUUAUUUUAAAUUCAGUUGAUAUUUCUUUAAACUAUACCACUGGAUCCCAGUGAAGUAGAGAGUUUUUUUUUUUUUUUUUUUUUUUUUUUUUUUAAUUACAAAAAUUGCCAAAAAGCAAACUGUAUUCCAGGCUGCCAGUUACUAGAAUCUUACUAUCAAAGCAUUAGGUAUUGCCGCUCGAUGUAAGCAACCAAUUUUGAACCAUGAGAGUACAUAUAUUUUGAGAGUACAUAUAUUUGCUUAAUUGGAGACCGAACAGUAUUAUUCAUUAAUUCAUUCAACUUCAGUAAGUGCCUUAUCCUGGUCGGGGUCAUGGUGGAUUCGGAGCCUGUGAAGACUGGGUGUGAGGCAGAAAUACACAAUUAACUCCUAUAGUUUCUAUAACGUAGCCAGUCCUACUACUGUUGUGAUUUUCAGAGAAUUCUGAGGAAACUGAAGCAGACACUAUCAGAAUACACUUUACACAGACAGUACCCCAAGCUCAAGAUCAAACUGGGGACCCUGAAGUUGCUUAAUAUUAGGGCUGCGGAAAAACCGACCUUUUGUUAAAAAUAAUUACUAAUCGAAUGAUUAUUCCCUGUUCCAAGGACAAUAACAAACCUAAAUUCCAAAUAGAAUUAGACUUUUAAACAACGACAAAAUAUGGUGUCUUGCCAUUAAUUUUAUCAACUCUAAACAGGUAAAAUUUAUCAAUCCUAAUUAAACUGUGAAAGUUCUAUGCUUUUUUACAUGCAGUGGGUUCAGAAAGUAUUCAGACCGCUUUGGUUUUUGCACCCUUUAUUGUGUUAUAGAUUUAAUCUAAAAUGGAUUGAAUUGACCUUUUUGGCCAUCAAUCUACACAAUCUAUAAUGAAAAUUUUCAAAUGUGUUUUUUUUUUUGUGUGCAAAUUUAUUAAAAAUUAAAAACUGAAAUCUCUCAUUUAGAAAAGUAUUCAGACCCUUUAUUCAGUACUUAAGUCUCUACAAGCUUUGCUCACCUGGAUUUGGGUAGAUUUUCCCAUUCUUCCUGGCAGAUCCUCUCAAGCUCAAUCAGAUUUGGUUCAGCGUUUGUGAACUGCCAAGUUCAGCAUUCUCCACAGAUAUUUUAUGUGGUUCAAGUGUGGGCUUUGGCUGGGCUACUUAAAGACAUUAAGAAACUUGUUCAGAAGCCCCUCCAGCAUUGUCUUGGCUGUAUGCUUGGCUUUAUGCUUAGCUGAAAGUUCCUUGGACAUCAUGGCUUGUGGAAUGUUGUACAUACAGGUGUGUGCCUUUCCAAAUCAUGUCCAACCAAUUGAAUUUGCAUUACAGGUUAAACUGAAUUACAGGUGGACUCCAGUCAGGUUCCAAAGACAUUCCAAGAUAAUCAAAGCAAACAGGAUGCACUCGAAGGCUCUGAAUACUUAUCUAAGAUCAAUUUCAGUAUUAAUAAAUGUCAUCAUAAAUUUUUGCAUAGAUGGAUGUCUAAAAACCUCAAUUUAAUCCAGUUUAAAUUAAAUCUAUGACACAAUAAAGUGUGCAAUAACUGAUGGGUUUGGAAUACUUUCAGAACCCACUGUAUUUGGCUUUGACCAUGCCAUAAAACAUUUAAUAUCACCAGGAGCUUUCACUGACCAAGCAGGAGCUUUCAUGUGCUUUCAUUUUAUUUUCAUUUCUGUGCAUUAUUGAUGUGUUGCUGUGAAAGGCUUCCCCUCGUUGCAUACAUAGUAUUGCCUUACAUUUAUACUGUUUUAGUAUUUUAGUUCUUGCCUUCUUUGCUCUCAAGUUGUGUCUAUCAUUGAAAGUUCCGUCUGUGGGAUCAUUGAUUUCUUUAGUGGUGCUAGAUCAUGAGAUCCAUGCAGUGUAUUUACUAUCACAUGGGUGCUCAGAUAUUUAGUUACAGCAUUAGGUCCUUUUAGGUACGUUUUGCGAUCACAGCUCUGCACAAAUUCACCUAUGUGAGCUUGGUUAUUUUUGUUUUCCUACAUUCAGUCUGGUCGCCUCUGGCUUGUUAUAAUCCAUGCUAGCAGGCUAUACGUUGUAAAAGAAAUCAGCAUGUAACCAAUGGCAGUGCCGCCAGCACCUUAAGCCAUGUGUUAUAUUCAACUCAGAAAUAUUUUGGCCUAUGCAGUCUGAUUAUUUACUAUAAAACACGCGACAGUGAAUUUUCAAUAUCAACAUAGUCGAUUAUCAAUACUUUUUCAUAUAUAUGGUUAGAUCAGUGUUGCAGAUGGCUGUGAUAUGCACAUAGGCUCUCUAACCCAGUACUCAUGCUGCAUUUGAUUAAAACUCAUGACUCAGUAAUAAGUUCAGUAAUAGACAUUAAAUGAGCAUGGUUGCUCAUAGCAUCAGAAGAGACAACAGAAGAUACAUUGGCUUGUUAAACAUUGACAGUACAGUUUGCCGGAAAAUAUACAUCACUCCUCCCAGUUAGCAGACUAGCCAACGAAAGAUGAACAUGAAGGCAUCCAUGUUUUUCCUCCAUUUUGUAGUUAAAAAAUGCCGAAAUUCCAAGUUCCACCUUCACACUUCCAAAUCAAAAGCAGCAUAAAUGUUUUCAUAAACACUUCGGUCUCUGGGAGGGUUUAAUGUAUUAAAACAUUUCGCUUCAUUAGUCAUGUCAAAAUAACACAGAUCAUCAAUGUUGCAUGAACUGUUCAACAGUAUUUCAUAUUUACCGGAUUAAAUAUUAUUUUUUCACUUUUUUUCUUCACUUUUUCAAUUGCAAUAUACUUUUCUUUGUUUUUCUGCCAGUCCUACAAUAUGUUCCAGGUCUUGUUACAUACAACAACAUAUACAUAGGAAAUCAUGAUGUAUUAUUUUUUUUAUAUGAUGUCAGAACUCUCUUGUAGUGUCAUUUUUUUCCACUGAUUGUGCUGCCUGGAUCAUGUUCAGUAUUGACUAUAAUGUUGGUUGUAAUUCAGUGUUAAACAGAAAAGCAGUUGGUUUCAUUCCAUGCUAUGGUUUACACUUCACCAUUACUAGCUCCUGUAGCUGUAUCGGGAUCUGUUAUCACCAAGUCAAAGCACUUCAGGUUAUUUCAUGUACAGGAGUUAACAGUGCUAGCAUUGUAACUUUGAUGCAUUUCAAAAAAAUUUUAUAUGCUUUUUAAAAACGUUUGUAUUAGUAUCUUUGCAAGUGAUAUAAUGGGAAUAACUGCAUGCUUAUACAAUAAACUUAUAUAUUCAGCAGUACAAGUAUAA